CUAGCGGCCCGGUUGCGGGAGGCGGGGCGCGGGGCGGGGCAGGGCAGAGUCAGUUCAGGGCAGCAGAUGAAGUAAACAGAUUCCAAGCAAAACAUGGCCAUCUACAGCUGUAACAUAUUCCUUGCAGUAGCUAGGACCAGAGGAUCACACCUGCUUGUGCACUCCUGCUGUUCCCUGUUCUCCUCAUCAGCUGCCCUUGCACAACUGUUGGAUUCCCACCGUAACGGAACGUUCCUGAAGGACUCUGAAAGCCACCGGCUCCUCUCCAGUUCACCGCAGGGAAACGGUUGGCUUCACUUGCUGAUUCGACCGAUGCGGAUGUUUCACACGUCAGCUUGUUGGCAUCAGGACAAACCUCGCCCUGAGCCAAGUCCUGUAAGAACAGACCACGCUCCGGCCAGCCCUCCAGGCAAGGCCGCCGAGACCCUCAGGAGAUCGCUCUGGCAGAGGAUUGUAGAUGAACUGAGACACUAUUACAACGGAUUCCACUUGCUCUGGAUCGACACCAAAGUCGCCGCUCGGAUGGUCUGGAGACUGUUACACGGGCAAGUGCUCACCAGGCGGGAGAGACGAAGGCUGAUGAGAACAUCAGCAGAUCUUUUCCGGCUGGUUCCCUUCUUGGUGUUCAUCAUAGUACCUUUCAUGGAAUUCCUGUUACCUGUAUUUCUUAAACUCUUUCCUGAGAUGUUGCCUUCAACCUUUGAAACGGAAUCUAAAAAGGAAGAAAAGCAGAGGAAGAAACUGAGUGCCAAGUUGCAGCUAGCCAAAUUCUUGCAGGAGACCAUUGCGGAGUUGGCCAGAAGGAACAAAGCCAGCACAGGAGCAGCUACCCAGCUGUUUUCUUCCUACGUUCAGAAGGUUCGACAUAGCGGCCAGCAACCCAGCACCCAGGAAAUCGUGCAGUUUUCCAAACUGUUCGAGGAUGAGCUGACCCUGGAACACCUGGAGCGGUCCCAGCUGGUCAUCCUUUGCAAACUGCUGGAGUUACAGCCCAUUGGCACGAACAACCUCCUUCGUUUCCAGCUUCUGAUGAAGCUUAGAUCCAUCAAAGCUGAUGACGAGAUGAUAGCCAAGGAAGGUGUUAAUGGCUUGAGCGUGUCUGAGCUGCAGAGUGCGUGCAGAGCAAGAGGAAUGAGGUCACUGGGCCUCACGGAGGACCAGCUCAAAGAGCAACUGAACCAGUGGCUGGAUUUGAAUCUCAAAGAAAAAGUUCCUCCUUCAUUGCUCCUGCUUUCUCGUGCCUUGUACUUGACCGACGUGAGUCCCAAACCGAUGGUGGUGAAUACAACUAAGCCUCUGAAGAGUGAGGAUGCAGAAAUAGAGGAUGAUGAGGAUGAGGAAGAGGAGGAGACCUUGUUGGACUCUGCCCCCAUUGUGCAGGAGAGGAAGAGUGAAGAAUUUGUAAUGCCUCCAAAGGACAAAUUAUCAGCUCCUGAAAUGUCAGUCAAGCCUCCUGUGGGAGAGACGAAAAUAGAAGCACCCCGGAGCAGCAAAGCCAGCGCCAAUGGUGUCUAGUCCCUUUCCCAUAAAAGAGCUGGACCCUCAGGGAAACACACACACACACACACACACACACACACACACACACACCCCUACCUGAAAGCACUACCCUUGCAACUUGCAACACGUCGGCAGCUUUCAUCAACCAACUCCUUUGCCCUGUGAAACCCAGGUUUUCCAGACUCGAUGGCCAUAUAUCUAAGGCAGGUGAAAAAUCACUUUACAUCUAGGGUGAAGACUUUUACAUUCGUGAGACAUCCAUGUAAUUUAUUUUCUUUUUUUUUGGUAAAUAUGUACAUAAUCCACAGACUAGACCAGCAGUAACUUAAUGCAAAACUGUCCCCAUGAAGGUGUGUAACUCCUUUAAAACUUUGUGCAAUUUAUUUUAAUUUUGUAAAAAGGGACCUCCUUGCCUUUUUUUUCUACAAGAAAUUGUAGAAAGUUGGGCUGUCCUCCCCUCGGCAGACAAGACUUGAAUUGACUUACGGCCAGUUCUUAAAAAGACUUACUUAAAAAAAAAAAAAAAAAAGGUCCCAGAGGAGACCUUUGCAAAUGGUCUUGCAUAAAAAUGCAGCCGCUCUUCUCAAAGUCAAACGAGAUGAAAAGAAGAUGGACAGCAUUUUCCUCUUAGUAUGCACAUAAAAUGGAAACCACCCGUGGUCCAGCUGGCUUCCUCUGUUCGCAUGUAUACAUCUGCAUUUCCCUCAUUUUUACCCAUUGGUGAAAAGACACACACACACUCCAAUGUGUUUUUCUCUUGAUUCCAAAGGAGCAUAGGUUACACUAAAACACAGAAUUGGACCAUAACUCUAUUUAAAUAGAGCAAGUAUGAAUUGAAGUAUGGAUUAAGUUAUAUAUAUAAUUACUCACUCAGGCAGAUGCCAUCAAUAAUUUGAUUAUUUGUAAUUUUAUUGUCUUUGUUAAUUAAACUGUGGCUGUUAAAUUCACCUGUAACCAGGGUCUGUCUGAAUUGGGGUUCUAAAAAGCAGUUUAUGGAAGAUCUUUCUGUUGGGCCCUACUAAGAAAACUUAGUUUAAGAUACUAUGACAAAAAAAAAAAAAAUGAUAAUUUUACCAUGCUUUGCUAAUGCUCUGCAUAAUGGUAGCAGUGAGGCAGCUUCUAGCUAAGCAGUAAGUAACUUGAGGGUUGCAUUCGUAACACAAGACAAGCUGUCAGCUAUCCCAACUGAGAAUCAGUUUAAGUCCAUACAGUUGUCCCUGAAAUAAACAUUUCUAAUAGGUGUACAGGUGGCCCUCAAUUUACAGGAGUUCAUUUACCAAAGUUACAACAGCAUUGAAAAAAGUGACUUAAGGC